CAGUUCAUUUGUAAUUUGUGUCUUCGAUCGAGUGGUGUGAGUUCCCCGAGUUCGUAGCCAUGUGGCGAGUGAUAUUAAUAUGCUUAGCGAGUUCGGGACUGCUUUGGCUUCAAAUCGAUGCCUGUGUCGAACGCGUGCCUGUCGCCAAAGUAAGGAUCAACUUAUUGACUAUGCGAAAAUAUCAGAGCAUGAGUAAUUGCACCCACGACUGUGGAGCUUUGGUUGUGCGACCCGUCAAAGAGACUUACAUGUCCAUAGAUUUGGUCUGCUGUGAGGGCUACGAACGCAUUGAUGACUCUAGUGAGCAGUGUCGACCCAAGUGCACCGGUUGCGGCACGUCCGGCAGAUGCAUUGCUCCGGGAGUUUGCCACUGCGGCGAUGGCUACAACAACCAUAGAAAUCAGAGUAUCUGCGAGGCGCAGUGCAGCGAGCCCUGCGUCAAUGGACGCUGCACUUCGGUGGAUGUCUGCGAGUGCCUGGAAGGCUAUCGAUUUCGACCCGACAGCCAGACCUUCUGUGAGCCCAUCUGCAGCGUGGAUUGCAGCAAUGGCCACUGCGUGGCACCGGGCAAAUGCGAAUGCCACGUGGGCUAUCAACGCAACGAGACACUGGCCAAGUGCUUGCCCAUCUGUGAGGAGAAAUGCGAGCAUGGCGACUGCGUGGGUCCGAAUGAGUGUGGUUGCCAUCCAGGCUAUGAGGCACGACUCGAUCGACCUUAUAGUUGUGAUCCCGUUUGCAAAAGUGGCUGUCGCAAUGGCCUGUGCCUGGAGCCCGAACGCUGUGCCUGCAAUCUGGGCUACUCCCAUAAGGAUGGUCGCAUCUCCGAGGGCUGUGAACCCAACUGUCAGCCUGGCUGCGUCAAUGGCACCUGUGUGGCGCCCAAUCUCUGCCGCUGCGACGAGGGACAUGUCCCGCUCAAUAGUUCGCAUUCCGUCUGCGUUCCGAGCUGUCGCCUAGGAUGCGAGAAUGGUUUCUGCAAUGCUCCCGGACGUUGUGAAUGCCAUGCGGGAUACAUUAAACUGGCGCCACAUCGUUGCACAGCUGUCUGCAAUCCGGCGUGUGGCAACAAUGCACGUUGCACGGCGCCCGACCUCUGCCAGUGCGAUGAGGGCUAUGCGCCCAUCAAUGGCAGCCUGCGGGAAUGUGAGCCGCAGUGCCCGAAGUCCUGCUAUAAUGGCAUCUGCAGCAGUCCGGGCGUUUGCUCUUGUCUUGCGGGCUACGAAGCUCUGACGUCGUUCUACUGCGCGGCCAGCUGCAGUCGCAAGUGUGUCCAUGGCAGCUGCGUAGCGCCGAAUCGUUGCCGCUGCUUUACCGGGUAUCGACCUAGUCCAACCGAUCCCUAUGUCUGUGAGCCCAUCUGCUCGGAGAGCUGUGGCAUCGGCGGCCAUUGUAUUGCGCCCGAGAUCUGCAAAUGCAAUCCCGGCUUCGCCAAGCGCUGGCCCAGCGGUUCCUGUGAACCCAACUGUCCCCAGAAGUGCAUCAACAGUCGCUGCGUCGGUUACGAUACCGGCGGUGGUUGCGUCUGCUACGAGGGUUAUACUAAGCGUGAAUUCUCUAACAACGUCUGCGAACCGUACUGCGCCUCCACGUGCCAAUAUGGCAAGUGUGUGGAGCCCAAUCAGUGCGAGUGUUUGCCAGGCUACGAGGAUACCAAGAAUCCUUACGUCUGCACACCAAGUUGUCGUCCCGCCUGUGUCAACGGCCGCUGUGUGGCGCCAGGACAAUGCGAAUGCAGUGCUGGCUAUGUGGUGACCAACUCAAGUGAACCUCAUCUGUGCAACGCCCAGUGCAAGGAGCGUUGCAUCAAUGCCGAGUGCCUGCGUCCCAAUGAGUGCAGCUGCCUCUUUGGCUACAGCCUCAUCCCAGGCAGCCUCAACGAAUGUGCACCUAUCUGUGACGAGGAGUGUGACAGCGGAAGCGUCUGUGUUGCUCCCGACAUCUGUGAGCAGCGUCCAUAUCGUGCUCUCUCCACGGGUGGAGGCGCUGGCCUCUCCUGCUGGACAAUGCUGGGAGGUGCUGUGCUGCUGUGUGUGCUGCUUGUGAUGCUGCCACUGCUAUUGAUGCGGCAUGUGCAACAGCGGCGACGAAUGGAGAGCGACAAGCAUCGUGUGCAUCUCAUCGAGAAUCCCAGCUAUGGUGUUUGCCUGGCAGCCAUCGAGGAGCAAUCGAACGACAACCAGGAGAUCGGUUUGGGAGAUUAAGCCACUCUCUAGAUUGUCUUUAAACAAUAAAUAUCUUAUAUGAUAAAACGCUUCAUAGCCA